AUGCAGACAGGCAAGAGAAACUCAAUCAGCUAAAUAAAUGCUCAAAUAAGAACCUCUGUUAAUGCUGAGGCAAUAAGUGAAGGAUUCUAAAGACCCUAAAAUCUUGCUCAGGUCAUUAGAGGCAGAUCAAGAAGAAGUAAAAGUAGCGCACUUUACUUCUCUGGUGGUUCUUCAUCAGAUAUUGAGACGAAGGAUGUUCUUAUUGUAUUAGGAGUUUUGAUUGGUGUUUUUGCUGGUGUUGUGAUAUUUGCACUAAUAGUUAAAUGUGCAACUGGUAAAGAUUUUAAAUGGAGAAAGAAUCAUUCAUGA